AUGGGUCACUGCAACAGUUCCACGGAGGAUGGGCAACAGGAGAAGCAGCAGCAGCAGCAGAUCAGCAGCAGAGACGCGGGAGAGGAGACAGAGACCUUCUGGCUGCUGCUGCUGGACGCUUUGCUUUUGCUGCAGCGCAACGGCUGGCCCUGCCCUCCUUGCUGCACCAAAAACUACAGCAGCAGCAGCAGCAACAACAACAACAGUAGCAGCAGCAGUGGCUGCCCAUUCGACGCCUGGCUGCUGCAGCUGCAGCAAGGAAGCAGCAGCAGCAGCACGGCUCGGGAUUUGCAGCAGUUGGCAAGCAGCUUUGCUGGAGCUGAUGCUGCAGCAACAGCCCCCGCAGCAGCAGCAGCAGCAGCAGCAGCACAUGAAGCGCAUAUGCCUCAGCACUUGACUGUGCUCUCCAAGCAGCAGCUUCAGCUGCUGCUGCUGCCGCUGCUGCGGGCUCUUAUUGACUGUGGAGGCUGCUUGGGGCUUCCUCUAAUAAGCCCAGCUAGUGCAGCGCAGCAGCAGCAGCAGCAGAUGCAGCAGCAGCUGCAGCAGCAGCAGCGAAGCUUCUUUGAGGUCCCUGCCAGCAGUAACCUGCUGCUCUCUCUCAGCGACAGUUUCAGCAGCAGCAGCACGCAGGAAUCAGCAGCAGCAAGACAGCUGCUACAGCAGCGGCAGCAGCAGCAGCUGCUGCUGCAGCAAGCCCCACUUGACUGUGGACGCCCUUUUUCUCCUUUAUCAGCAGAUCCUGAUGCUGCUGCUGCUGCUGCUGCUGCUGCUUUGCUGCCUUCACAGGUGUUAGUGCUGCGCUGGCUGCUGCAGUCCUUUGUGAUCUUCUCCUUUGCCCCUCAAGGAAGCAGCAGCAGCAACCAGCAGCAGCAGCAGCAGCAGCAGCAGCAGCAGCAGCAGCAUGAGCCAGACGGUACGAUGACCAUUUUGGCUCUGCUGCACGGCUUCACAAUGGGCAACAGCAGCAGCAGCAGCAGCAGCGGUGGCAGUAGCAGCAGCAGCAGCUUAGCUGCAGCAUCGCAACAGCAGCUGCAGCAGCUUCUGUCUCUCUGCAGCAGCAAAACUCCUCCCCACUUGCUGCCUCUUGCUUUGUGUCUCUCGUCUUCCCCCUUUAUCUCUUCUGCGCAAACAGGGGCCCCUGGGGGGCCCCCAGGGGGCCCCCGGGGGGCCCCCCAGGGGCCCCCUGGAAGACCCCAGGGGCCCCGCGCUGUGCUGCUGCUGUCGCUGCUGUCUUUGCUGCUGUGCGCUGACUGCCAGUUAGCUCUCCUGCAGCCUGUAGGUUUUGUAAACCCUAAACCCUAA